AUGAAGCGGCCUACACAAAUUGAUCAUGAGCCAAGAAAGCGCAAGAAGACGCACGAAGAAGCCCCCUGUGAGCCACCUCCUGCUCUCCUCGACCUUCUCGACUUCACGAGCGUUGAACUCGGCGAAAGCUCCGAGGUAGCGACGCGUUUUGAUCGGAUUGCGAAGGCCCUCCUACAAGAGUAUCAUAUAGAACUGACGAACGAGGAGGGAACCACGCACGAGUACAAUAUCCUGGAACUGGAAUUUUACUUGAAGGCGGAUGGACAUGGGGAUCCCUUUACGCACGGGAGCGAGGAACAGAAAAUUAGUGGGAAUUGGUAUUUUCAUCGCGCACCUAGGCGUUCCGCCAACCCUGACCACAGUGCGACGAGUUUGACUGGUUACAGAGGUGGCACGCGCAAGGGACUCGACCUUACCAUCGGAAAACCACCAGUUUCAGCGACCACGUCUCCGUAUUUCUCUUGCGCUGCGACCGCGGCCACUUCUAAUAACAUCGAUAUUCGGGGAGGUAUCCUCCUUCGUACCAUUCAACGACGCGAUAACUCGUCGCAGGUGAUCUCUGGGCCUUCCCUACUCGUGGAUGAAAUUCUUCGCGCGAGCUCUGUGCAAAAGAUUCCUGAGUUAGUCGACCAGAAAUGGGGUGGUGAUCGGUCCGCAUUCAGAUCUUCGACCAAGUCAAGUACAGUGUUGCGCCUGACAUGUUCGACAUCGAACCGCGAUCUCACAGUCUAUCGUUCUCCAAGGAUUGGCUUGGAUCUCUCACAUCCAGGUACCGCCGCCGCCCCUUCCGAUAAACGCGUAACGUACCUCUCUAGAGCCUACCGUUACUUCGUGCAGCCUGCUCUCUUGACGGCGAAUGGCCGCUGUCAGACACUAUUGGGCGUGUACGAACAAUCCGCUGAUGACGGCCUUUCUGAGGAGAAGAUGCACCGGAGAAUAUCAGAGCUAACUGGCAUCAAACUUCAGACCGUAGAAAAGUAUCUCCGAGACUAUCAAACCGGUAUUUCGGACGGUGAUCUCACGAUUUUCAUUGGGCCAUCUGGAAAGGGCGUUUGCUCGUCUCCGAGCAGGUACCUUCAGAUGAUGGGCGCUUUGCGAACGUUCCAGCAAUCUUGA